AGGAGGCUGCCACAUAUGGGCUUAUUCACGUGCUAAUGAAAAUGCAUUUCAUAUGUGUCUUACCCAUAUUUAUUGAUGCCGUCAGAGUAUAUUGCAUAUAAUGUUUAUAGAACAUUGUUUGCAAAGUUCUGCAAUUUAUUUAUUUACUUAUUUACUAUCUGUAGUGUUGACGUGGACAAUGUGCAAAUUUGUGUGUUAGUCUACCAGGAAGUGGGUCGAGUUAUUUAUGUUUCGCAACAUCGAGGGGAGGAAGGGUAGGCUAGGUACGUGUGUGUCUGCAACUCGAUACUGGAUUUGAAAUAUUAACGUGUUUUAGGCUCAUGCUUCAAACUCCAGAUUUAAAGAUACGUUUGAGGUUUGAAAACGUUUUAUGUUCGGACUUAUUUCCUGGGAGUUUAAUCAUAUUUUUCAGAAAUGCGGAAGCAGAGAGACAGAUAGAUACGAGGGUGUGAUAAAGGAGAGCUUGUUAAACGUUUUGCCUACCUGAACUGCCGGUAAGGUAAACAUUUUCUCAGGUAAGUGUAGGCUACUUAUAAUUUGUAUCGCUCAACAAAACGUAAACCACCGUAUUAUGAACUCCAUUUUUGCUGCUGUCAAACGUUUGAAUCAAUCGAUUAGUGGGAAAUAUUUCAUAAAAUAAUUUAUGACGGGAAUGUAGCCUGUAGUACGCCUGCGUUUGUGUUUUCAAGGUUGUCUCGUAUAACAGUACGAAGGAGAUUGCUGCAUUGAAAGGGCAGGCUAUAUUUAGAAAAGGCAAAUAUUUCCAAAAGCGUAUUACAUGUAGGCUAAGCUAUGCCACAAUUAAGCUAUGCCACUUUGUUAUUUUACAAAUAGUAUAGACUACCGUGUUUCUUCCCCAUUUUACGACGAGUAUGGCUCAUUUUUGACUUGAACAUUAGGCUAAUUGUUGAAUACCCUGGUAUCUUUUCAGUGUCAGGACUCAUUUUCCAAAAUAAUUCAGGGGAGACGCUGUCUAUUUUUGAAAUUGUAAUUUAGGGUGGUAUUCAUUGUUUCAGCUAAUGGAUGGAUGACAAAAAUAGUGUAGUGAUGUAAUACAUUGUACUACUAUAUAUUGUACAAACAUGCUUGUGUUUAUUUGUUCAGGAAUACAAAUUUCACUCUUUGCAGACAGUUUUCCUUAGGCAGGGGACGUUGUAAUGAAGCUCCAUAAGAAGAUCCUGACCCACUACUCGUCAUGCAGCUCACCUGUUGACAAAGAGGGUUAUCUGUAUAAGAAGGGAGAAAGGAACACUUCGUACCAGAAGCGCUGGUUCAUAUUGAAGGGUAACCUUCUGUUCUACAAAGAUCGCCCAGGGGACCGUGACCUGAUUGGAGUGAUUGUUCUGGAAGGCUGCUCAGUGCAACUGUGUGAAUCUGAAGAGCAGUUUGCUUUUUCGCUGGUGUUCAGUGGGACAGGCCUCAGGACCUAUAAACUUUCAGCUGAAGACCAGCAGAGUCAAGAGAGCUGGAUCAAAGCCCUGCUUUCAGCCAAUCACAGCUUCCUGUCCUUGUUGGUGAGAGACCUGGAGAAGCAGUACGAAGAAAUUAGAAGAGAAACCUGUGCCGGUGAUGCCUAUCAGUGCUCCACGGUAAUUGGUCCAGACGAUGGGAGGCUGGCCAAAUCCCUGAUUUCCAUGAACUCAGGCCCCCCCUACUCCCGAAAACCCAGGCCAGCUGUGAGGGAGGGACGAAGUUAUAGCACAAGUAACUUGCUGCAAGCCCCUCCCACUUCUAGCAAGCAUGUUGGUAAGAGGUCUCCAAAACUGUGGCCUAAGAGAAAUGCCCUUGUCACACCUAUAAAUGGACCUGCCCCACCUCUUGGGGAGUGGCCCUUAGAGGGGUCAGGACCCUUUAAGGAUUUUGGUGAACUGCAUGAGCACUUUGGAAAGGAAGUGAAGGAGCUGAGAGCUGAUUGGCUGCAGAAGAAGCUGGAAGAAGAGGGCAAGCAAGAGGGUGAUCUAAUUGAUUUUGGGUGAGAGGAACUGGGUAAUAUUUUACUGACAGUUUAUGAUAAUAUUAAAACCUGAAGUUAGUUUCUGAAACCCAGUUUCCUUUUCAAAGAGAUUUUUCUGUAUAUCUAUAUCCUGCAAUCUUUAUUUUUAUUGUGUUUUACCAAUGUCAGAAUACAACUUUAAUCUGAUUUUCUGCAUAAUGGGAUUAGAGAGACCUUUGUAAGAUUAUUCGAUACAAUUCAGGUUUGACUGCAUCAAUACAAUAUUUAAGCUGUUUAAUAUUUGGCUUCCUAUGUUUAGCUGCAGAUAUUCAUAUCAUGGAGCCAUAUGACUGACUGAUGUUUAUAGUUUAUAGAUAGACUCAUCCACCGAUCUGUGAAAUGAAACCCUUGCCCGGAAUUACUUCUAUCUUUUCCAAUCUUUUUAAGGUAAAGAGUGACUAAAUUUCAGGUAAUUUGAGCAGAAUUUUUAAUCUAAUUUUACUCUAAAACCCAUACAAAGGCAGCACAACCAACCUAAAUAUAGAUUAAGUGCUAUAAAUACCCAGCUCUGGGUAGAUUGUGCUUUGGACCUCUGCAGUUGUUAAGACUUGUUACUUGAGUUGCUGUGCAAUGGAAGUGUGUGUCCAAACAACAGCUGAUGUAACACAAUGGGGAAUCUAAUCCAAGUUGGUAGUGGUUCAUUCAUGUGAAAGCAUUUGUUUAUUUCUGUCUAGAAUGUCUGUACCUGAAUAAAUGAUUUAAUUGCUUGCA